AUGAGUCGACCAUUCCAGAACUACGACCCUUUCACCAAGAGCUUCAGGCCAUCCCUAUCCAAACAAUCCCAUAGCCGAGCAUCCGGAGGCAAGAGACCUGGCGGGGUAAGAUCCAAGUUGGUGUCGCGCCCCAGUCCAGAAUUAAGCGAGCAGAGUGUCGACUUCCCCGACGAUGAGUUUCGACCAUCGGAACAGCUUUCAGUCACUACUGGUGUGAUCGAUCUCACAAGAACCGAUAUUGUGCCGCCGCCAGAACAGUAUGGGAGCCCGAAUGACAACCAUGUGGCCGACGACAGACCUAUCGACUCAGCCCCCCCGUCUUACAUCAAUGCACCGAAACAACAUGACAAGCCAAGCACGAGCGACGCACAAAUAUCAAACCUUACAGUGUCGGGUACCGAUGAUUGUCUUCGUACCAACGGUGCUCGCCAUAGAGCGUCACCACUUGCGAAGUUGAAGGAGACACGCCUUCACCUAAGCAACGGAGAUCAGUCAGUGGCUCUCAUUGACCCUUCUGUUCAUGAUGCUGGGCGUCUCGAUUCCCAGUCUCUGCCGACCAAUAUUGCCGAAAUCAACGUCGCACUUGUAGAAAAUGAUGCCGGGCAUGGUAUUACGGCAACAGGAGACCAUGAAGUCACUGUACUAGCUUCUGUUCGCAAUGAGAACGAUGUUUGGGAAUCCCCGGUCAAGACUGAUGAAGAUCAACUCAUGGUUGACAUGGGCAACCAUGCCAACGGUCAAAUUGGCAAGUCUAUUCGAAGUACUUCCACCGGAUCGGAACAGGGCCAACCUGUUGAUGUGGUCGCCGAUGGAGAUUGGGAGAUCACUGAGUUGAUCGGGAAAGAAGUUAUACAGGGCAAGGUACACUACUUGGUUCGUUGGCAGGCAACUCUUGUGCCAGAGGACGAGAUCAAUGCCCCCGAACUAAUAGGCAGGUUUGAGGCGAAGUUCGGGGUGAAGGCAAGUCCACAUACGGGGUCCUCCAGGGUUGCAAAGCAGACUCGCCCAACGAAGAUGAGGAAGACCGACGAGGAGGCAAAAGGUGGCAUGGCAACAGGGAGGAGUAAUUGCGUUUCCGACCACUUCAUCAUGCCAUACCAAUGA